AUGUGGGACCGUACUUCUAUACUGUUAUUAAUAGUACUGCUAGCGAAUCCAGUACUUCCGAGACGUGCGUCCAGCGGCGGUGGUUUUUCAUCGAGAGGCGGCGGUGCCGCUCGAGGUUCCGUAGGUCAGCCUGGAGGCGGUGCUGGCGGUUUCCAUCCACAGCCGAAUCAAGGCGGAUUCCACCCGAAUCAAGGUGGAUUCCAUCCGCAACCAAAUCAAGGUGGUUUCCAUCCACAAGGUGGAUUCCACCCUAACCAAGGCGGGUUCCAUCCCAACCAAGGAGGAUUCCGCCCUGGAAGUGGUGUCGGUUCACCGGCUAGCAGUGGAGUGUUCAAGAAAGCUCUCAUCGGAGGAGCUCUUGGAGCGGUUGGAGGACUGGUGGCCUUCGAAGCCGGCAAGGCGAUCAUUCAAUCGGCGACAACGCCGUUCAAUCAUGGCGGUCACAACUACUACUGGGAUAAUCAC